AUGCUUGAGGAGAAGAUACUUGUUGCUGACGACUUGUCCAGGGCUACCAUCGAUCUGUUGCCCAAAACUCGCAAUGAUCUUUCUAUCCACUUCGAGUCCUUCUAUGGGGUGAAGCCUCGUCAUGUCUCUCCUCUAUUCAAGAUCAGUCUUUCAGAUCUCAGCUAUCAACCCAAGGUCGAGAGACCUACUGCGGACUGGGCAGUGACGGCAGCAUUCCAGGCCUUCCGGUCUUUCCAACUCGCGGGCUACAGCCCCGUUCGUCGCUUCGCCACGAUUGGGACUGGAUCCGGAACCGAUGCUGUGGGCGCCCUCGAGGUCUUCUUCCCUGAGCUGGUCAGCAUCACCAUGACCGACCUAUCGCCCGAGGUGGCUGCAACCGCCAAAUUGAAUCUGAUCUCCGCGGUUCAUGACUCCCGGAAGACGAUUCAAGCGGUGGCUCUCGAGGCUACUUCCUUGACGGGGUAUGGUUUAGAACCAUUGAAGGGACAGCAGGUCUUCGACCUGAUCGAUGAGAACUUACCCAACAUUCCCCUCCCAGAGGGAGCCACUCUACUGGAGGAUCAGACCUCGUCGACGUACUUCUCUGGCGCCGAUGUACCCUAUCAGAUCCCUCCCUUCGUCUCCUCCGCGCUUCUCGACCUGCACUACACCAGCCUCGUUCAGGCUCGCGCGUUCAGCCUCCUCAGCGCGUCUGGAGUCAUCCUGUCCAGUAUUGGCGGACGUGUUCCGAUCGCAACGAUCCUCUCUCUCGCCGACACCGCCGGCUUUGCAGGACGGAUCCUCUCCAUGAGUUGGAAAGUGCAGAGUGAGCCUGAGUCGGUGAUCGGUGGUUAUGCAACUCAACAGCAGCAGGGAUUGGGUCCGUUCUACUUCUAUCGCACCACCACUCUCCGACGCACCUUUCACGGUCGGACUCCGGCGGGCGCUGCUCUCCGGGCGCUACAGAUUGAGCGGGAGUUACUCUCAGAGCGGAUUGAUGCGAUCGCAGCCUUGGAGUUGCACCAGGAGGGGGUAGAGUUGGGUCAUCCGGUGGUGGUCAUGGCGAGCGUUCUGAAAUGA